ACAUUUUCACCAUCCCUUACCACAUCGAUGUAGUCAGAUGGAAGUUUCUGGAAAAAGGCCUAACCCUGAACUUGACAAGGCCUCUGCUGAUGCCACAAUCUACUGCCAGCCUUGUGGAGAGGGCAGGAAACGCGCUGUGGCUCACGGCUUCUGUCAGACCUGCGAGGAAUACAUGUGUGGUCCCUGUAUUGAGGCUCAUAAGAGAUUCAAGCUGUCAAGGAACCACAUUAUGUUGUCGAAAGAUAAGAUGCCUUCCUUCUACCCGUCCACCAAGCUUUCAGAGAUCGGUGAAACUGAAUACUGCAAAAAACAUCCGAAGGAGAUGAUCAAGCUUUACUGCCCGACCCACGGAAACCUAGGCUGUGGCGACUGUGUAGUCAUCGCUCAUCGCACGUGUAAAGUCGAUUACAUCGCUGAAGUGGCUAAAGAUUUUGUUACUGGAAACGAAUUCAGAGAGCUGCAACCAUCGAUUAAAAGAAAAGACGAUAUUCUAUCUGGGUACAUAAGUAAUGUCGAGGAGCUUUUUGGCGAGGUCAUAAAACAGUCUAAGGAUGAAAUCGACAAAUUGAGGAAGUUCCGGGCAGAAAUCAACACCUUCCUGGACCGCCGCGAGAAGGAACUGCUCGAUAACAUCCAGAAAGCGAAGACCGAGGAUGAAAACGUGCUGACUGCACUAAAGACUGAUUGUGAAUCGGCGAAAACGGCACUUGAGGCCAUGAGGACUGAACUGUCUUCAAGUGACGUCUCGAUAAACCAGCGAUACGUGGCGGCAAGGCGGACCCAGAAUGAGCUACGGGUGAUUCAUGUCGAUAUGGGGAAGAUGGCUUGUAGGAUUAAGGCCCGGAAGUACCGGUUUUUUAAGGGCGCGGACACGGAGCGGCUGCUGGGAUCGAAAAUGGGCCUUGGAACACUGGACAUGGCGGGAGAGUUUGUUCCAGUUCCUGACCUCUCUACUGUGACAUGGAAGAAGGAGGCGGAUAUCCCGGUCAGAGAGUCACUGGACAAGGACACUUGCUCUAUCAACAGCUCCGCCCAGCUCCUUUCUGGUCUUCUUCUUCUUGCUGACUACGGUAACAUCUGUGCCAAACUGGUUGACGCCAACAACCGUAUCGCCACGUACCGCCUCCAGUUGCCAGGCGAGCCGUGGGACGUGUGUGUGCUCCCUGAUGACAAGGCCGCCGUCACUCUACCUUAUAAGUCCAUAAUCCAGCUGCUUUCAACAAAGGAAAGACAGCUGUCGUGUGAAAAAGAAAUUAAAGUAUCGGGUGAGUGUUUUGGUAUUGCGUUUUACAACAAUAGAUUAUACGUUUCGUACAUAUCCAACCCCCGUAUUGAAGUGAUGACAUUGGAUGGUCAUAUCAUAAAUACAUUUCAAAAAAAUGAUGAAAAAAAACAUUUCACAACACCAUUUUUCCUGAUUUUGUCACCUUCAACAUCACCGACCCUGUACGUGUCUGACUACUCUGCCGACAGAGUCUUCCAGCUGUCCCUGGACGGUAAGGUCCUGCGUGAGUUCCGAGACAAGCAGCUCAUCCGUCCCGUGUCUGUACUGGAGGAUGGGCCGGGUCAGAAGCUCGUGUCUGGGCAGGGUAGCCACAACGUUAUGCUGCUGAACGAGAGAGGUAACAAGAUGACAGAAGUACUGGGACAGAAGGACGGACUGUUUAAUCCCACCUCCAUUUCUUUCAACCCUCACACACGUGCCAUAGUUAUCGGGAUGGACAAAAAAGACCAACUGAAGGUCUUUCGUGCAAUCUGACAGUUGUUCCUCUUCAGUGGUGAUUUCCCUUCUUUUGCAUAAGUUUUCAUGUGUUCAAUACUUAUUGAGCAACUGAAUAGUAAUUGCAAUAAUAUAACUUUUCAACAUACCUAAAAAAGUAUUGAUUGUUGUGUUAUAUGACAUUCAAUAUCCAACUAAAAUGGAAUGAAUGUGACAUAUAAUGUAUGAGAAGUUUUGUGAUUAGCCAGAAAAGCUAUUGAUGAUUAAUGACUUGUAAAUAUACAUCUUGUAAAUGUUAAGAGUUUUUGCAGUUUGCUUUGCUUUUAAAAAUAGGGUUGCAAAUUAUUGUAAAUGUUAUAACACUAUCCAACAAUGUUUGUAUAAGGUGUUUUCAUUUCUUGGGUGUUAAUGAAUAUUUUUCCACAUGUUCAAUAAAUAUGUCUACGAUUUGACAACA